AUGGCCUUAGGGAAUCAUAGCACCGUCACAGAAUUUUUCCUCCUCGGGCUGUCUGCUGACCCCACAAUCCAGGCUCUGCUAUUUCUGCUGUUCCUGAAGAUUUAUUUCCUGACACUCAUGGGGAACCUGAUGAUGAUACUUGUGAUCCAUACAGAUUCUAAACUCCACACACCCAUGUACUUCUUCCUGAGUCAUCUGUCCUUCCAAGACCUCUUCUAUUCUUCAGUUACAGUGCCCAAGAUGCUGGAGAACCUCCUGUCUCAGACGAAAUCCAUCUCAGUAGAGGGUUGUCUGGCUCAGGUCUUUUUUGUGAUUGCCGCUACAGGAACUGAGGCCUGCCUGCUCUCGGUGAUGGCCUAUGACCGCUAUGCUGCCAUCUGCCACCCCCUGCUCUAUGCACAGAUGAUGAGUAAACAACUGUGUGUGAAUUUAGUGUGGGGAUCUUGGUUUGUGGCCCUUCUGGAUGCAAUCAUCAACACUCUUCUGGCUUUGAAGUUGGACUUCUGUGAGCUCCAAACCAUUCACCACUACUCCUGUGAGCUGCCCUCCCUCCUCCCUCUCUCCUGCUCUGAUACAACCACCAAUGCUGCCAUGCUGCUCUGCUCUGCCCUCCUGCAUGCCAUUGGAACCUACCUCCUGAUCUUCUUCUCCUAUGCCCGUAUUGUCUCCACCAUUCUGAGCAUUAGUUCCACCUCUAGCAGAAGAAAGGCUUUCUCCACCUGCUCCUCCCACCUCACUGCAGUGAGCUUAUUCUAUGGCUCAUCUAUUGUCCGUCAUCUCAUGCCAACCUCAGGCUCCCUACUGGAAUUGAUCCUUUCCAUGCAAUACAGUAUAAUCACUCCACUAGUCAAUCCUCUGAUCUACAGCUUGAAGAACAAGGAGGUGAAAGCAACUCUGAGAAGAAUGAUGUCAAGAUCUUUACAGUGUGUCUGA